AUGCGAAUUGUUUGAUUGUUCUAUCCCUGUUCCCACUCUCCCUACCCUCCCCGUAAUCUGUGGCCACCGGGACUUCUAAAGUACCACAUCAGCUUGUGCUGAUGUCGACGGAACAGGACACCGGGGCACUGCCACGGCGCAGUGCCAGGCUCGCAGUUCGUAGCCGUUCUGUGGUACCUCCACGGUCUAAGUAUCAGCAACAGCGACUCAGCAGGCCGACGACUCCAGCGGCAUCAAGUACAGCUACGGCCGUACCAGUUACCACCGGGGCUCUUCCCGCAUGUCCGGUCCAAGGGGCCAGUGAGCCGUUGUCUGCUUACCUCCAGUGGGUACAGGCAUUUACAGAUGCCGUAGCUACCGCUAAGGCACAGCAGGAGGCACCAGAGGCAGAACGUCAGCGGCUGGCCAAUGAGGUGGCAGCCCAAACUCAGCGAACUGCUGAGGCUGAUGCAGCGGCACGAGACAGACGGAAUGCCGCCAGCACGGAGUCCCUGAUUCAAAGUGAGAAUCAGUGGACAACUCUACUCCAAGGCAUGAUCUUUGUGCCUACGGACGCGCAGGCGGAUCCGACACCGGCGGAGGCAGAGAGAAGUAACCUGGCUAACUUGAUGUUGAGCGUGAUGAGGGGAGUAAUGUGGAACAACAAACUGCUGCAGGCACACCUGCUUACGGAACGACAACACAGACAGAAGCAGCAGCAAGAUACUGCCGCUUUAGCAGCUGCCGUCCGCGCAGCAGCAAUACAGCAGCAGCAACAGCAUCAGCUGUUGACCUCCGGUCUCGCACGAAUCAACAGCAUUGAGGCUCAAGCCUCAGCAGCGCCAGGCUGCACGAUUGACACGACGAAACAGCUCAACGAGCGCAUCGACCAUGUCGUCAGUCUAAUCGGCGAACUAGGGGAUUUCACCAGUCCGGCUACGAUCAGCAGCACGGUGGCCGCCAUCAAGACGGAUAUCGCCAAGCUGCAGUCGCAACCGGCAGCAGCUGCGAAGGUAUACAAGAUGCCACGCUUCAACAUCGGCAAGUUUGAGGACUACAACAAGACCGACACUUCGACAUGGUGGCAAGCCUUCCUCACGGAAGCGUCCUGCCACAAGGUCCCAGCCGAAGACAUGAUGAAGGCACUAUACCUCCAACUCAUUGGAGGUGCGCAGGCGUGGAUGAACCACCUCGCAGUUAACAAGAAAACCACUAUCGCCGAGCUACACAAACACAUCACGUGGGAGGAUUUUGAACAGCUGUGGUUCACUCGAUUCAUGGUCCGCAACAUUGUGAAGGCGGCCAUGAACGAGGUCUACACUUGCUCACAGGGAAGUAUGCCAACUCGAGCCUGGACGAUUACGUGGCAGAAGAUAGUGACCACGCCAGGCUUCGAUUUGAGCUUUACAAACCAACGAUCCGAGUUCUUCUCGCGAUCGUGCGCAGGACUGCGAAUCGCACUCGGCAAUGAGUACGAUUACGCCUCAUUCCAGGCUAUUCUGGAUCGUGCGAACCUGGUCAUCCAAACGGACAACAAGGCCGCCAGCGAAAAGCAGUCCCAGCCGCACUAUGUGGCUAAGCAGGGCUAUCAACGACCGACACAUAACAAUGUCGUGAUUCAUGAUGAAUCAGUCGAUCUCCACGCUGCAGAAGCAUCCUCGGGUGAUGGAGGAGUUCUUGCAUCGCUCCCGCCGAAGCGUCCCAAGAGAGUUCGGAAGAACAAGGCGACAGACGCGAUGACAUCGACAGGAACUGGGCAGGAACCAUGGACGGCAUACAAGAUAACCAAGGAAGUAUAUGACCUUCGUCAACGGUACGGAUAUUGCCUUUGGUGCAAUGGUGUCACUCACUUGACCGCACAAUGCCCCGAAAAGGGCAAGGCACGUCUGGUACCACCAUUAGACCAGCCGAGCCACGUGCACUUAGAUUGCGUAUGCGAAGCCUGUACACCGUCGGCAAGUGAUCCGGUCAGCUCGCCACUGAUUUCCGAGGACUCGACGGCGUGGUCAAGACUUGAGGAGCUUGACCCACUCACGAAAGAGGACUUCGCUUGGAUGCUUCUACCCUCAACCGGAACCUUGCCAAGGCCGCAUUGCAACGCCUUGAUGGCAAAUCUACGCUCCUAUUUGCACGCUACGGUACCAGCUCUGUUGACGGACGACGGGGUAGCGGUUGUCGACCUCCGCUCCUAUCUUACGAAGAUUGACCGCGAGUACGCCACCCAAAGGUACGCCGAAACCGACGCACCUUUGCUCUAUAUCCGCAUUCAAAUCGGAGAGGCAACCUGUAGUGCCUUGAUUGAUUGUGGAGCGUCUCGCAACUUUAUGAGCCAAGCCUUUAUGGCCCGUGCAGGCCUUGGCCCGCGCGUUCGAAGRAAGACGCAACCUACGCAAGUUACACUCGCAGACGGCCGCAUGCAAAAGUCAUUCGACCGAUGCGUUGACGGCGUUCCUGUAUACUUUGCGCCACUUGCGUGCGAGCCGGUAUCUUUUGACAUCCUCGACACCAAGUUCGACAUGAUUCUAGGCAUGUCUUGGUUGCGUAGCGCCGAUCAUCCGGUGAACUUCCACGGCCGGACUGUUCACAUCCGUGAUGGGAACGGAGUGUUAGUCCCAUGUACGGCCACGACCCCUCACACUUCGAUUGCUUGUCACGUGGUUGCCGUUGCGAGAAUUCGCGACGCCAUAGCUCAUAAUGACGUCGAGGAGAUGGGCCUUGUAUUCUUGCAUGCUCUCCCCUCGUCGGACGGACCAGCCCCGUCACCACCGGACCCACACAUUUCUCACCUCUUGGACGAGUAUAGAGACGUCUUCGAGGCUCCCACCGGAACGGUUCCGGAUCGGCCCAUACAUCACGGGAUCACUCUCGAGGCUGGUGCCAUCCCUCCGCGUGGAUGUAUCUACCGCUUGAGCGAAGAGGAACUCGAGGUGCUUCGCGCACAACUCGAUGACCUUCUCGACAAGGGCUGGAUUCGUCGUAGUUGUUCGCCUUACGGUGCCCCUGUUCUCUUCGUCCGGAAGAAGAACAAAGAUCUACGGUUAUGCAUUGAUUAUCGCAAACUUAACGCACAAACCGUAAAGAACGCCGACCCUCUCCCUCGGAUUGAUGAUCUCCUUGAGCGGUUAGGCGGCACCACGUACUUCUCGAAGUUGGACUUGAAGUCAGGUUACCACCAGAUUGAAAUCCAGCCUCAAGAUCGGUACAAAACCGCGUUCAAGACGCGGUACGGGCAUUUUGAGUGGGUUGUCAUGCCAUUUGGCCUCACCAAUGCCCUCGCGACUUUCCAAGCAGCUAUGACGACGGAGUUUCGCGACUUGCUCGAUCGCAGCGUCCUCAUCUACCUCGAUGACAUCUUGGUUUACAGUAGGACGUUGGACGAGCAUAUCGUACACCUUCGCGCUGUUUUGGAUCGUUUGCGAGUGGCCAACUACAAAGCGAAUCUCGACAAGUGCGAGUUCGCCAAGCAGGAGCUUGAGUACUUGGGUCACUAUGUCACGCCGAAAGGCAUUCGUCCCUUAGCGGUCCAAGCCAUCGUGCAUUGGCCGGAACCCCGUUGCACGACGAAUGUACGCUCUUUCAUGGGUUUGGCUGGAUAUUAUCAGCGAUUCGUCGAAUCAUACUCGAAGUUGGCCACUCCUUUGUCGAGACUUCAGUCCCCGAAGGUGCCGUUCGAGUUCGACGACGCAGCCCGUGGCGCAUUCACUACGUUGAAGGCAGCAAUGCAAGCUGCACCUGCCCUCCGUAUAUACGACCCCACCCUUCCCACCCAAGUGACUAUGGACGCUUCAGGAUACGGUAUUGGUGCGGUGUUGGAACAGUGUCACGAGGACGGUUGGCAUCCGGUCGAGUAUUUCUCCCAAAAGGUGCCUCUUGUCAACACUCUCGACGACGCUAGGAAGAAAAAGCUACUCGCGCUGCUUGACUUAGGUUUUGAAAAGACGAUCCUUGAGAUCACCAGCUUGAUCAAGCAGCAACAGACUGGAGGGGAAGACAAUGCCCAUAGUGCAUGUAUGCCAAGACAGAAUGUCUUGCUGUCUGCCACUUUGAAUCAACAACUGGAGCGGCUUGCAGCUGUGAGUUUGCAAGAAGAUGCGAUUGCUAUCGGAUUUGAUGGGAAAUUGCAGACUGCUGUCAUUGGUGAGAUAACGAAGGCUUUUGGAAAAGGAGCGAACACCACCACGGGAAACUUCGUUCUGCACAGCAAACCGGAUAUGGUGAAGGAGAAGAUAGCAGCUAGCCGUGAUGAGCCUGAGGCAGUGAAGACUCAGGCAGUGGAAAGGGGUAUGGUGGAUGUUCAAAGUGGCAAUGGACUCACAGCUGCUGCAGGACCGCAGAAAGGAAGGCAAGGAGAGGACACUGGUAUCUAUCACAUCCCCAAGGAGCUUAAGCAAAUGUACAUAGAAGUUCCUGCACGAUUGAGGCUUGUUGCGCUUCUUGCCUUCCUUCGGCACAUGACCCUUCAAGAAGAGAGGUGCAAGAUGGUGGUGUUUUUCUCCACGUGCAGUUCUGUGGAAUACCAUUACACUCUCAUCCACUCCUUCAGGCUGCUCCCACAGGGUGUAGAAAGAAGAGAGAAAGAUGCUGAGGAGAAGCCGCAGGAGGAAGAAGGAGAGAAAUUUGUACCAUGCUCCAUAUACAAGCUGCAUGGAAAUAUGAACCAGAAGGAUCGGGCACAGUCCUUCUUGGACUUUUCUCACACCAAGGAGGGUGUGUUACUGUGCACAGAUGUGGCGGCAAGAGGCCUCGACUUCCCGUGCCUCAAUAGCAUUGUACAGUAUGACCCACCUGGCGAAGCAUCUGAUUAUGUGCACAGAGUAGGGCGCACAGCACGGCUGGGACAGAAGGGUGAAUCCGUCUUGUUUUUGAUGGCUUGUGAAUUGGAGUACUUGAAGCUGCUUGAUUGCCACAAUGUGACUCUAUCACAUUUGCGAGUGAUUGACGUGUUCAAGACAAUCCCUUUCUCAGUGCAAAGGUCGAAGCAUAAGAGAGGUAAACAUGGAGCUGGUCAUAAGGCGGCAGCUGAUCCAGAGAUUCACGAGGGCGCACUGUGGAUACAGAACAAACUCGAAGGAACUGUGGCUUCAAAGGCAAAACUGCAACAGCUUGCGGUCGAUGCAUUCACGUCCUUUGUUCGAGCCUAUGCAGUACAGAAGGGUACGUUGAGCCGGAUCUUCCAUGUGAAGAAUCUUCAUCUCGGGCAUAUUGCGAAGAGCUUCGCUCUCAAAGCGCAGCCACACACCGUUGGCACUAUAUUUCAUAGAAAGGAGCUGAAGCGGAAACAUGAGGAGAAAGUCAUGGUGAAAAGGAAGAAGCAGAAACUGCGGCCGGGGAGAAUGCUUGAAUGAUCUGGGUUUCUGAUGGCCGGAGUCAGGUUUUUUCUGCUCCGUCAAGAGGAAAUUUUGUCCCUCUGGUCAAACGUCUAUAGAUUCAAUUAUUGAUGGUCAGGGUUUGAAUGAAUGGGGGUAUGGGGGGGGGAGAGAGAGAGAGAGAGAGAGAGAGAGAGAGAGAGAGAGAGAGAGAGAGAGAGAGAGAGAGAGAGAGAGAGAACACUAGGGAGUUGUGUAAAUAAAUCCAACUGCCAUAGUCUGACAAUAUAUGGAGGUAGGUGAUAGAAGAAAACGGUGAAGAGUCUCUCUUCUUUUUUUGUUGGCUUGACAUGCUAUGUUCACAUUUAGGUGUUGAAAAGGAUGAGUGGAAAUUCGGAGAUUCUUUCUCCGAUUGCAGCGAUCACUUUCGGAGCGAUGAGGAGAAAAGUUGCAACUGGUCAUGAUGUGAGAGGAGAGAUGUGCUAUUGCUCUAACGAGUGUACUACCAUUGCCAUUGACGACUCUGAAAAUUGUGCCUUUGCUGAUUUUGUUUUUUUGCUCGUUCAUUUCCCUGUUCCAGAAGGAUUUUCGUGUUGUAAUUUCUAGCCCUAUGCUUUGUUUUUGGUUUUUUUCACCUCUAUGCUUUUCUACCCCUCUGGACAUUUCAUGCCUGUAGUUUUGAAACCCAGAAAAGUUUAAGGUCCACACUGCACGCCUUGGUGAACGAUAAAAGGCACAGGAGUUGUCGAAAGGGGAUCAGGUGAUUCUCCUACUAUGAUGUGUUUAGUGUCUCUGGACGUGGUUAUUGUCAGAUACACCCAGGAUGGGCCAUAAUUGUGGUGAGAAACAUCCGGGGAAGGCCUACUGUAGUUUCAUGUAUGCCCUCAGAACUGGAUAAGCCUAGUUUCAUGUAUGCCCUCAGAACUGGAUAAGGGUGAUGGUGGGGAGUUCUGCAACCGAUGAAAUAACGCAUUUCGGCUGCAAGCUGGUGAGCAUGACCUCGUUUUCUAACAGCAUCCCAGAUUGAGUUCCGGAAGAGUGAUGGGUUCUCUUUCGUCCUGUUUCUGUCGCGCAAAAAGAAAACCCAGUUGUAAAGAAGAAAGAAGGAGAAGAAGAACAACAACAAGAUGAAGAGCAAGGCGAAGAGCAAGGAAGUGGCCAUGAUGGGCCCGCUCUGCUAGCCAAGCAUCCAAGGACGGGAGUUUGUCAUGUCUGCAAGCUUGAAAAAAAUUUGCUUCGAUGCUUCUCCAGUUAGGGCAUAUGCUACCCUCUGUUAUUUACUAGGCCAUGCAUGCAACCCGCAUGGCACGGGCCCGGCGGAAAAGGGGAGGGGGGGGGAGGGGUCAGGCAGGGAUGUAGGUAUAUGCUAUGCUAUGCUAGGCUGUGCUGUGCUAUGCUAUGCUGCUAUGAAUCUGCAGAUCUUUACACUAGAAGACUCAGAUGCAUCUGUUGUGAGGCUUGUGGAUGAAAUUCUGCUGCAGCAAUGCUUAGGAUGCAGUUUGCUGUUGUACGCCGAGAACAUAGCCAUCACAGUUUAGGACAUAUUCACAAUGGCAUAUUUCCUGACUACUUUCAGGCUGAAAAUAAAGAAGGUUGAGGUUACUCCAGGUCUGCCAUUGUCUUGUACAGUGAGGGUGGUGCGGUUGCUUCAUUUGCAUAUGCAUGGUGAGCUACUCCCGAAAAUGUAUCAGUGAAUUCGACUUCCACCAGUUUCGCACUAUGGAUGGAAUCAACGAUUGUGACCAUU